GAAGCAAAAGGCAGGUGGAAAAGCCAGCAGGAUGGAGAGGGGCCGAGGCAAGAGGAGGAGAAAGAGCCCGCGGCGGCGGCGGCAGAAAGUGCUCUUCCUGCUGCUGCUGCUGCCGCCACCUCUGUUUUCGCCGGCCGCGCUCUUGACGCUGCCCAGCUCUCCAAAGCGCAGCGCCCCGCGAAGCCGGCAACUCUUCUAAACUUGGGCGUAGGCGGAGAAGCAGCGCCCAGCCGAGGAAGCGGGGAGGGGGGUCCGCGUCCCUCCAGCGGCCUCUUCUCUCCCCCCCCCACCCCACGCCUCUUCCGAGUGGCUUAAAGAAGCGGCGGGGAGCGCGCCAGGUUGCUAGCCAAAAGUCCCCGCGUGCGCCCUGGGCGCAUUCCGCGGCGGAGUCCCGGGCGCUGUUUGCAGCCUGAGCUCGGGCGAGCGAGCGAGCGAACUAGCGAGGCUCAACCUUCCCUCCUCCCUGCCGAGGGAAGGACAGCUCCGGAGGGCUGGCGCCAGCGGGCAGGAUCGCGGCGGAGCCCCUCAGCCCUCCGGCAGCCGGGCCAUGCCGGGCUGACCUGCCGCGGAACUCAGCCUUCUCCAUGCCGUGAGGGCGGUCGCCUUUCCUGCCCAGCGCGAUGGCCGGGGCUCCCGGCGGAGACCGCUCCGGGCUGCCUCGGUCCUCCGUCUCCGGCAGCGGCGGGAGCGGCGGAGGAGGCGGCGGAGAAGCCCAGCGCGUGGAAUUCGUACCUCUGACCGCCGUGCAGACCGAGAAGAUCGACGCCACCCCCGCCGGAGGCGCCGGCGGCGGCGGAGUAUCCAGCCCCAGGCGUCUGGGACUGCUCGGGACACCCUUACCGGUCCCACGCGGGGGCUCUGGAGCUCGAUCCGCCUCGCAGAAGCGCUACCGUCGCCUGCAGAACUGCCUCUACAACUUGCUGGAAAGACCCCGAGGCUGGGCGUUCAUCUACCACGUUUUCAUAUUUAUCCUGGUCUUCAGCUGUCUGAUUUUAUCUGUGUUUUCAACUAUUCCCGAGCAUCACACAUUUGCCAAUGAGUAUCUCUUCAUCCUGGAAUUUGUCAUGAUUGUUGUUUUUGGAGUGGAAUACAUUGUCCGUAUCUGGUCGGCAGGCUGCUGCUGUCGUUAUCGAGGAUGGCAAGGUCGCUUCCGGUUUGCCCGCAAACCUUUUUGUGUCAUCGAUUUCAUCGUCUUUAUUGCUUCUCUGGCCGUCAUUGCAGCUGGCACCCAGGGGAACAUCUUUGCUACCUCGGCCCUACGCAGCAUGCGCUUCCUGCAGAUCUUACGCAUGGUGCGCAUGGACCGCCGUGGCGGUACUUGGAAGCUUCUUGGCUCAGUGGUCUAUGCCCAUAGCAAGGAGCUGAUCACAGCAUGGUACAUUGGGUUCCUUGUCCUUAUCUUUUCCUCUUUCCUGGUUUACCUGGUGGAAAAAGAUGCCAAUGAUGAUUUUCUCACCUAUGCAGACUCCCUGUGGUGGGGUACGAUCACACUCACCACUAUCGGCUAUGGGGACAAGGUUCCAAAAACAUGGCUGGGCCGGGUGCUGACAGCCUGCUUCGCCUUGCUGGGAAUCUCCUUCUUUGCCCUUCCUGCGGGAAUUCUAGGCUCAGGGUUUGCUCUCAAAGUCCAAGAGCAACAUCGACAAAAGCAUUUUGAGAAGAGAAGGACACCUGCAGCAAAUUUGAUCCAGGCUGCUUGGCGCCUCUACUCCACAGACGUCAACCGAUCCUACCUGACUGCUACCUGGUGUUACUAUGACAGCAUGCUUCCCUCUUUUAGAGAACUGGUCCUUAUGUUUGACCACUUGCACCGAGCUCGCAACGGAGGGCUUAGGAUCUCUGAGGUGAGGAAAUUCCCUGAUGGAGCUCCACCGUCGUAUCACUCCUUCACCUCUGGCCUGAAAGCCUCCACUCCUCCUUUUUACACAGGAGAAAGCAAUAAAAUGGGACUCAAAGACCGCAUCCGAGUGAGCAAUUCUCAGAAGCAAGGCAGUCGGGGGAAGCAGCAUCUGGUGCCUCCACUCCACCGGUCCCCCAGUACAGAGAAUGUCAAUGAAGGCAUCAGCCCCACCAAGGUCCAGAAGAGCUGGAGCUUCAAUGACAGGACAAAGUUCCGGGCCUCAUUGAGGCUGAAGCCUCGGACGCCAGUGGACGCUGAUGGUCCUGCAGAGGAAAGCAGCGAGGAGAAGACCUAUCAAUGUGACUUGACUUUUGAAGACAUCAUGCCUGCUGUAAAGACCUUGAUCCGAGCAGUCAGAAUUCUUAAAUUCCUGGUAGCCAAAAGAAAGUUCAAGGAGACCCUGAGACCAUAUGAUGUUAAGGAUGUGAUUGAGCAAUACUCAGCUGGCCACCUGGAUAUGCUUGGCAGAAUCAAAAGUCUCCAGACACGUGUGGAUCAGAUUGUGGGCCGGGGAGGUAUCACCAUGGAUAAGAAGACACGGGAGAAAGGGGAAAAAGCACCAUUGGAGGUUGACCUGGUGGAUGAACUCAGUAUGAUGGGCCGAGUGGUAAAGGUGGAAAAGCAGGUUGAGUCUAUUGAGCACAAGCUGGACUUGUUGCUAGGCAUUUACUCCCAGUGCCUACGGAAGGGUUCCAUCAACUCCAUUAGUUUGACCGCUAUACCAGUUCACACUGAGGAACGGGACAUCACCUCUGACUAUCAUAGUCCUGUGGACCAUGAAGACAUCUCUGUCUCUGCUCAGACCCUGAACAUCUCCCGAUCGGCUAGCACCAACAUUGACUAACAUGGCCUCCCCAGACUAGCUGUGUAACAGCAACACACCAGCUACAUGCAGGGAGGAGAGGCUGGGAGGGAAUCUUUCCUUCGAAGGAGGACUUGGGAGACAAUUCCUGACUACUCUUACGGAGCGUGCUCAACUCAGCCGAAACCUUCUCCAGCCUCACCCUGUUGGUCUUUCCUCAUCAGAUUCAUCGCCUUUGCACCAGAACGAUCACCUCAACUAUACUUGAAGUCUUCCAAUUGGAGGCAAAGCCACUAGCACCAGAGCAUUUAGAGCAAAUGUAGACAAACGGUGGUCCCAGCACCCAUCAGUUGUCAGUCGUAACUUCGACAGUGCUUCUGGGCUUCCUACGGUGGCCGUGAUAGAAUGUAAAAGUCAGCCAGCAGCUUUCUCUGUUGGGAGACAAGUCUUGUUAGUCUGACAAAAUGGGCAGAGGAAUCUGUCUUUAGCCUCUCAGCCUCCUGUAGACAUCUGCCAUGGUUCCCAGUUAACUCCAGCGUUUUCAGGUGCCUCCAGGCUUACCGAAUAAUUCAAUUCUCUUUUGAAAAAGAGCAGCCAAGAUGAAAUGGCCACUUUGGACUCUUGAGUCAUUGUGAUGGCCAACUCAUCAAGGAAAACCAUGCAAAUGGUGACAGCCAUGGAAUGACAGCCACCGACUCUGGACUUUGACUUCACUGGGCAACCAGGUUGGAGAUGCUUUUUUUUUCAGCUAUGCAAAAGCUAGGUUAUUCUUUUCUUCAAGCCGUGCUCGGCAAGGGACGUUGCAACUUGACUGAAUGUGGUUUCUUGCCUUUGCAUCUAGAAGCAAUUAAUGACUGGCAAUGCCUAACCCUACUCUUGGCAGCCUUGAAGCACCUUUCUACUUCUCUUUUAGCUCCCCAUUCCACCAGGUAGCAGGCAUUGCUUUAUGGCCCCUGGGUUCAUGAGCACAGAGUGGAACCUGCCAUGUAAUGGAAACAUGGCCAGGGGGAGAUGGGCAUCACUAUAUGCAACUAUUCUUGAAUAUGCAACCUGAAACCAAUCUUCAGCAGCGGUUAAGGUGCCUUCUCUGCCUAGGAAGUAAGCAGGGAUUGGGGACCCUUUGGCGCUCUUCAGGAGCACCUUUGAAGGAAACCCAGUUUAGGUAGCCAAGAGUAGAAUGGGGCCUGGUGUUCUCAGGGGGAAUUUUAUCAGCUUGCCGUCUCUGGGGGGAGAGUUGAAUUUUGCUCUCUCCCAGGGAAUUGCGUGUGUGUGUUUGUGUGUGUGUGUGUGUGUGUGUGUGUGUGAGUUUCCCAUUUGUUCAACAGCAGUGAAUUAAGGUAGAGCUUGGCUCAGGUCCUAUACACUUGUAGAAUUAUCAGCGCUCUGAUGUAGCUUUUGAGUAGACCUCAAGCAGAGGUCCUCCAAUGGGUUUGGACGGUGAUUCUAAUCUUGACUGCUUGGGCUUGAAAUGAAAAGCUUUGGAAAUUUAACCUAUCUGGGGUCAUUAGGUUGGGGGACCAUUGCUUUAGACUGCAAUUCCCUACCAGCUGUGAGCACACCCCUUCUAUUGCUAACAGAAGACCCUUGGAUUAUUAUUUCCAUCCAGGGUUUCUCUGGAGACAUUCCCCCGUGCAGUCCUUCUAGGAUAACGUUCUUCAAACCUUAUCAAAUGUAAGAUCUGCACUUCAGCUUGCAGAAUUCAACAGCCAGUCAUGCUGGCUGGAGAAUUCUGGGAGUUGAAGUCCACACAACGUAGAGUAGCUAAGGUUGAGGGACAUAUGAAGCACCAUUAUUCCAAUCGUUCCAUUAUUCCACCUGCCUCUCUGGUGAUACACAUCAGGUCUCACCUUCCUCCUUGCCCUUCUACAUUAGUUUUAAUUUCUGCAGCUUUCAUGCUGUACUUUGGUCUUGAGAAAGAUCAAUGACACAAGCAGAACCUUCUUGACACAUUCUACGUUUGGGAGCCCAGCAUUUGAAAAACAGAAAACUCUUAGGUUUACAUUGAACACGGUGUGAUAUGUAUGAGUAGAUCAACAGCCAGGAUUGUCUGUGACUUCUUUGUUGAGUCUCUACUCUUGCUCCUGGGACCGAGUGUGGUUACGGUUUUCUUCCCAAAGGUCAUUCACUUGGACUUUUUUAAACCACAGACCCAUCCCCGAACAAGUUCUAAGUCCAAACAGUCCCUUCCUUCCAGUUCUUUUGCUUGGGUCUCUGAUUAGCUACCGAAAUCUGCUCCUGGGUGGGUUGUCUGGUUAACUUCAAACAAGAGAACCAACAGAAGUCCUGUUUUUCUAUUGAAUGUCUUCAUUUGUCAUUCCCACCUUUAUGAUUGCUGCAUAGAAACUGGCUUUCCAAUUGUAUUGAGCUAUAGCUCGCAUGGCAGCUGGCUGGGCAUUAUGGGAAUGGUGAUAGAACACAUCUGGAGGGUGUCUGGUGGGAGAAGGCUAACCUACUGGGAGAGAACAGAAUGAAAUCUGGAAGACUUUCCCAUAUUCUCAGAGCUAGCUCCACCAACACCGUGGUGGGUGAGUUGUCCCAUAGAACAUGCCCAGCUUCCAUUUCACACCUCCUUUAGGCUGCAUGUCCGAAGUCCCCCACUUGCCCAACUGCACCUUCACUUUGCAUGUCCAUGCAUGUGUCUUGAAGAAAUGGUGAGAGCUGUUCCCAGCUUUUCCCCCAUCAAACUAUGACUCUUCUCCUCUCUCUCAAUGCACUGAACACACCCUCCUUGGAGAGCACUCCCAAGUCUUCAUCCAGGAUGGUCAUCUCUAGAAAUAGGGGAGGGGCUGCAUGGUGAAGGGCAAUAAGGGAAAGGAAGGGAGCAGGGGAUGGCUUUGACAGCCAAAGACAAUAAAGUGGGCCUCGGGGUAGUUUUCCUAAUAAAUUUUGUUUCUGAGACAAUGCAUAGUUACCUCACUUUAUUAACUUAUUAACUUAUUUGUUUCAUUAAAAUUUUCAGUAGAUGGCU